AGAUGCUUGGAAAGAGGUACACUCUGAUAAAGAAGGAGGUAGUGAAUAUACCUAUUUAUGCUGGGAAAACAAAUGCCUUCGCAAUAGUACUGUAUGGAAUGAAUGAAAACUAUGAUGCGCGGAGAGCACAUGAUUUCCUUGCAUCAGCUUUUGCUUGUUUUCCUGAAAUGGAUUACUGCAUUAUCACAAUGCCACCAAGUAAACGGGUUUUUCCUCUUCUUCAGCAUUUUAUGAGAGCUGUCCCACGAUCAGGAAGAUCUUUUCGCCGUGAAUUAUAUUUUGCAUACAAGGCUGCAGUUCUCAGGUAUAUGAACUGCAAUUAAAGUCUUUAAUGUAAUGUCCUAAGUUCACUGGUUAAACACAUAAUGGUUUAAUGUUUGGAGUAGUUA